GACCCGUGUUGAUCACUUCACGCUACAGAAGGGCUUUAUAAGUGGAAGCACCCCUUCCACCGCCACCAAUAAACUCACUCGCAUCCUAAAUUGCAAUAUGGGGUGGCAUCAGAUCCUCCUCCGCCUCCUCCUCUGUUUCCACUUUUUCAUGCAUGCCUCCCUCCGCUUUGCUUCUCCCCUUUGCCCUCCUGACCAACGCGAUGCCUUGCUCCAUUUUAAGAGUUCCUUCGUGCUUGAUAGCGUGGCGUCGGGCUAUUGUGAUUGGGAUGGCCAUGUCGCGUCUUAUCCGAAGACAAACUCAUGGAAUAAGGGCGUGGACUGCUGCUCGUGGGACGGCGUCACUUGUGACGGUGUCACCGGCAACGUCAUCGGUCUCGAUCUUACUUGCAGUCGGCUUCGUGGCGCUCUCCAUUCCAAUAGCUCCCUCCUUCUCCUUCGCCAUCUUCGAAGCCUCAACCUUUUCGGCAAUAACUUCGUUGGCUCACACAUUUCGCCUAAUCUGAGUACUUUUGCAACAUUAACUCAUCUUAAUCUCUCUAGUUCAGCUUUUUCGGGCACCGUUCCCGGUGAAAUCUCUCACCUUUCCAAGUUGGUGUCACUUGAUCUCUCUCACAAUUAUAAUUUCGACUCAUACUCGUUCUCUACACUCAGGUUGGAAAACUCAAUCUUCACAAUGCUUGUUCGGAAUCUAACGACAUUGAGAAAGCUUGUUCUUGAUGAAGUAAACAUGUCCAUGGUUUCACCAAAGCCCUUUGCGAAUUUAUCUUCUUUGACACAUUUAAGCGCUUCUUCUUGUUCCUUAAGGGGGAUAUUUUCGGAUACUAUUUUUCGAUUACCGAGCCUCACUUAUCUCGAUUUAAGUGAAAAUUAUGAAGUGUCCGGGAUUCUUCCCAAAUCCAAUUGGACUGGUCCUCUUGAGUCUUUGUCUCUCUCGUUUACGAGCUUUUCGGGAGAAAUACCCGAUUCAAUUGGUACCUUGAAGAGUUUAACAUUUUUAGAUCUUACAGAGUGCAAAUUCACGGGACAUGUCCCAUCAUCAUUGGCAGAUCUCAAGCAACUCCAAGUUCUAUGUAUUGCUGGGAAUAACUUCAGCAGCGCUAUAGAGUUUGAAAUCUUUACAAAGCUUGAAAAUCUCCGAGAGCUUGGGGUUUCUCAAGAACUAAAUCUAAUCUACAAUACACUGAAGUAUACAUUCCCGAAGCUUGAAGAAUUGCAACUGUCUUCUUGCAACUUGACCAAGUUUCCCUAUUUCUUGAAUUCGUUGAAAAGAUUAACAUACUUGGACCUCUCGUCAAAUAGGAUUAGAGGGGAGAUCCCGAGGUGGUUUUGGGGAGUAAGCCAUGAUACAUUGGAAGUGUUGGAUCUUUCUUAUAACCGUUUGGAGGGAGGUAUACAACAAUUGCACUGGAAGAGAUUGUCAUAUAUUAACCUUGAGAGCAACUCAUUCCAAGGACAACUCCCCUUCCUUCCUCUUUCAACUUCCAUGUUUUCUGCCAUCAACAAUGGUUUCACCGGUGAGAUCCCCUCUAUGAUUUGCCAGUUGAGUUCACUCAGAAGUUUGUCUUUGUCUAACAAUAGUCUCUCUGGGAAUAUGCCACCAUGUUUUGGUAAUAUAACCAAUCUCGAGGAACUAGAGUUGAGCAACAAUAAAUUACAAGGAACAUUACCGCGCUCCCUAGUCAAAUGUGUAAACUUAUCGAGACUAGCUCUCGAUCACAACGAGUUCAGGGAUGUCUUCCCACAUUGGCUGGAAGCACCACAACUGAAUUAUCUUGAUUUGCAAUUGAACAAAUUCCAUGGUAGGAUCAACCUCACUACCUUUGGACUCUCCUUCCCUACUCUUAAAACUUUGUCUAUUUCCAACAACAAUUUCAUUGGACGGUGGCCCACCAAGGUUUUCUUAAACACCUCAUUGACUAUUAUAGAUUUGUCCAAAAACAAAUUUGGAGGGCCAAUUCCACUUCCAUCUCCUUUCACAUAUUAUUAUUCCAUUGCCAGUAAUAAUAUAAGCGGAAGGAUCCCUUCUUUGAUUUGCAAUGCCACCAAUCUCAAGGUGAUUGACUUUUCCAACAACAGCUUAACAGGUAGCUUGCCUUGGUGCUUAACAAAUCUUAGCACCAGUCUGUCAGUUUUGAACUUGGGAAUGAAUUACCUCGAUGGCACAAUUCCUCAGUCGUUUUCUUCGAAAAGUAAUUUGAUGACUCUUGACUUGAGUCGAAAUCAGUUUGAAGGCAUAUUGCCCCGAUCGCUCAUCAAAUGUACAUAUAUGGAAGUUCUAGAUCUCAGUAACAAUCAGAUUGAGGAUACGUUCCCAAGUUGGUUGGGAACACUCCCAGAACUGAAAGUUCUUGUUUUGAGGUCCAAUAAUUUGAAGGAUCUUUUGAAUAUUCCUAGAGGAGCUCAUCUCUUUCCCAAGUUACAUAUUUUGGACCUCUCCAACAACAACUUUAGCGGUCCUUUGCCGGUCAAUUUGAUAACGAACCUUGAAGGCAUGAUGAAUGGCGAUAAUGGGCUAGACAAGUCAUUGUAUAUGACCCGAUCUUUCGGAAUAAAGCCAUACGAAAACACCGUGACCGUGACCAUGAAAGGGCUUGAGAUUGAGCUAGUGAGGAUCUUGACCUUCCUCACAAUUAUUGACUUGUCGCGCAACUCUUUCCAAGGGAAUAUCCCCGAAGUUAUUGGACAUCUUCGCUCUCUCGUAGGGCUCAACCUUUCUCAUAACCGUCUUAUAGGUUCCAUCCCUCCGACUCUAGGGAACUUGGCCGAUCUUGGAUGGCUUGAUCUUUCUUCGAACAAGCUUAGUGGGGCAAUUCCUAGAAAAUUGGGAGAUUUGGCAUCCCUUGGGUACUUAAACCUCUUGGAGAACCAAUUCACCGGUCGAAUUCCACAAGAUAAGCAAUUGAGCACAUUUUCAAGUGACUCGUUCAAUGAGAAUCCGGGCUUAUGUGGAACUCCACUGCCAAAAGCAUGCCCUGGCGAUGCUCAACGUCCACCACCAUCAUCCUUAUCAACUUUUGAUCGCGAGGGGCAUGAGAGUUGCUUCAAACAGAAAGUAGUGUGGAUAGGUUAUGCAUCGGGAAUCGUAAUUGGGAUUUCGAUAGCAUACAUUGCAUUUGAAACGGGAAGGCCCAAAUGGCUCACACGAGGUGUGAGGAUGCUAGAGAGAAGAACAACCGAGUUGAUGGAGAAGUCAAAGCGGAAGGCCAUCUAAUUUCAUGGACAAU